AUGGCUGAUAUCGUCACCGGCCCCGUCUCCAUCCGUUACAACUUUACAUCCUCCAACGUCCCUGGGGCCUACUAUGGAGCCCUACCUGAACUCCCCACGGUGACGCUCAGCGUGCCGAAUGGGACGGUCAACCUCGAGUUCAACGCUACGGAGGAGGACCUGGAAGGAAGCACUUGGGACCAGAUGCAGACGGUCUACUUUAAUCAUCCGGACCAUGAGAGCGUGUUCCCUUUCGAGACGGGCUAUCAGUAUCAAGAGUCUUUCUUCCUAGGCAACUAUGCUCUCUACAACAUCUCGCUCGGCUCUCAAGCCGAGUUCUCCGCCUCGGCCGGUCCGAUCUACAUCAACGAGUCCGUCUACAUCUUCGCACCUGGCGACAGCAUCGUCCUCCAAUACAUCGAGUUGAGCGCGGACGGGUCGACUCCAACAGGUCGACGGGCGUUCAGCCAGAACAUCACCUUGGUCAAGAACGAGACCGAGCCGAUCACGACGACCUUGGGUUUGAGUGAACAACGGCCGGGAGGGGCAGAGACGAUGAGUGAGACGAGGAGCGUGUUGACGACCACUCGCCUGCCGCCGAGUUCGACGUUCCCUUGGACCGCCCAAGUCUUGCCCAUCACAACCACGACGAGCGCGGGGACGAGCGAGAGCUCUUCUGCCGGGGCUAGUGGUGCCGCUGCAACAACGCCAGCGAAUACAGGAGACAAGUCGAGGACGGUGUCAAAGUUCUGGCAGUCUCGAUUAUCUGUUGUGUUUUCUUUGAUACACCCUCUUGCGGUAAACGCUGUACUACAUGUCCUCUCAAUGUCACGCAUAAAUCGAUCAUUGCCAGCACCUGACGAGCAGUUGUUCAUCGAGGCGGCUGCAGAGUCGUCCGACUUGAAACACCAAGGAACUGGUCAAAUGUCGAUUGAGGGAAGCCUGGCAAUUACAAAACCUUUUGGUUUCAGAUCUACUGUUGUGCUGGAGUCGAUCGUCUAUGUGCACGUGAACACUCAACGAGGCCACAUAAGGAUUCUCGAGGUUGCGACGCUGUUAUUCGCAACGCGACGUGCUCCGCGAGACUCGACCGUCGAGGCGAAUCGUAACGCUUUCAAGUUGCAAGUUGAUUGCCGAUCACAGGUCGAGACGAGCCGAGGGGGGAGCGAGGAAGGGCAAUGCCCGGGGAUCAAAGCUGGCACUCGCACAACGCAAAGAUUGAGCAAUCUCGCCAUGCCUUCAUCCGCCGCGAGCACCCGAUACCCAGUGCCCAAUCUAGACGAGAUCGCAGGUGCAACGGAGCGACAGGACUACCAAGCGACACUCAACACGGUGACCGGGAUCUUGGGCAGUCACAACAGCCAUAUCUACCUCGACGAUGAGCAGCGUUUGCGAGGUCACUUUGGGGCUGUGACACAUACUCCCGCCGUGGCUGCAUCGUUCUUGCAGCUCAUCGGCGAACUCUACAAGCUGCCACUCGAUCCCAGGCUUCGAGAAAUCGUGAUCUUGGCAACUGGGAGUCAUCACAAGGCGGCGUAUCCAGCCUAUGUACACGCCGAGGCGGCUGCGGACCUGUCCGACUUGGACCCCGACUUCAUCGCCCAAAUUUCGCGGGGAGAGAAGCCUGAGGACCUGUCGGAAGCCGGUUCGGCAGUGUACGACCUCGCUCUGGCAUUGGUGCGAGGAGGCGGACCGCUGUCCGACGAGCUGUUCGAGCGGGUCAAAGAGGUCGUGGGCCAGGAACAGACCUUGUCGGUGAUCCAUUUCGUGGGCAUGUACUCGUAUAUCAACGUCGUCUGUAAUGGUGUCGGGUCCGAGUCCGGGUCCGGAUCGUAG